AGUAUUGUGACGGCCACGUGUGCGGCCAUGGCGGGCGGGCUGGAGCCGGACCUGGCGGCGCUGCGGCGGGAGCUGAGCGGCCCUGCCGCGCUCUCCGUGGUCAUCGCGCUCAUCGCCGUCGCCGUCACCUUCCUGAUCUGGCGGUUCGUGCAGGGCAGGAGGAGCAGCAGGAAGGCCGUGCUGCUGCUGGGCCUCUGCGAUGCGGGGAAGACACUGCUCUUCGCGCGGCUGCUGUCGGGCAGAUACCGGGACACCCAGACCUCGAUCACUGACAGCUCAGCCACGUACCAGGUCAGCCGGGACAAGAGCACCAGUGUGACCUUGAUCGACCUUCCAGGCCAUGAGAGUUUGAGGCUUCAGUUCUUGGAGAGGUUCAAGGCUGCAGCCAGAGCCAUUGUGUUUGUGGUGGACAGUGUGGCCUUCCAGCGGGAGGUGAAGGAUGUGGCAGAGUUCCUGUACCAGGUCCUGGUCGAUGGCACCGUCCUCAAGAAUGCGCCUGCGCUGCUUAUCGCCUGCAACAAGCAAGAUGUCACAAUGGCAAAAUCAGCAAAACUUAUUCAACAGCAGCUGGAGAAAGAGCUCAAUACCUUACGGGUGACCCGCUCCGCAGCCCCCACCAGCCUGGACAGCUCAGGGGGUCCUGCCCAGCUGGGCAAGAAGGGCAAGGACUUCGACUUCUCCCAGCUGCCCAUGAAGGUGGAAUUCGUGGAGUGCAGUGCUCGGGGCAGCAAGGGAGAGGAGGGAGAUGCUGACUUGGAGGGCCUGGAGAAGUGGCUGGUGAAGGUCACCUGAACGGAGAAGGGCAGGGCUGGGGGGCAGGACACUUGGGGGCUGAAGGGAAGUAGAUGGUCUGGAGCACUUCUCAUUGGCUGUAGAAAGAAGGAACUGUGGCUAGAAGUCAGCACUGUCGUGUCUUCCUCUGCUGCUCGUGGGCUUGGGAGUGACAUGACAAUUGCUGGUCUGAUUUCCUCUGUCUCUUCAUACUGCAGUGUUUUUAUCCUCUCCCCUCUUUGUCCUUCUUUGGGAAGCUGACUCUCUGUACUUGUGUUUCUCCUUAAUCUUUAGGCUUUUCAUUUGGUAGUUACCAAGCAAAUUAGGAAGGAGUGUGCUGCUAGGUGGGUUUUAGAGACUGAAAUCUGUGCUUUCUUGUGCCUUGAUUUAGGAUUGCAACCCUGCUGCCACUGAUCACCUCCUGGCUGGGGCUGCUGUUCCCAGCCUCUCUCUGCUGGAGAGCGCUGCACAUCAUCUCUGCUGAUGCACAGGCUCCCUCAGUUGGGCAAGCAUUGAGGAGAGUAUAACAAGCUGUUUUCCUCUCUGUCUCUACCUUCCUGUUCUUCCAAAUUGGUGCAGCCCUGUUUCUGUGGGGCUGGAGGGGUCAGUGGGGUGCCCAAACCAGGCUGGCUGCUAUGCUUUAGUCCCUUUCCCCAUGUCCUUGGUGAUUUCCUCUCUUGGUCAGCUCUUGAGGGUUGUUCUUUAGCUGAGAGCUGUGUCUUGAAACUCUGGGGUGAGCACGAUUUUAAUCCAUGCCUGCAUCCUGUGUAUGCAUGAGCUCUGCCCGUGCCAGGCAUUUGUCUUGCAGUCCCCUGCUGCCUCUUGCUCCAGUGGCUGCAGGAAGGUCUUAUUUGAUGUGUAAUUAAUCACCAGUUGUGGCAAAGUGAGAGGAAAAAUCAAGGACCUGCCAGCACAUGGGUGUGCUUCCUCCUCCUGAGGAAGGUGCUCAAGGAAGAGGGAAAGAAAUGGGAGAUGUUUCCAGUUUAUGUCUCAUUGCACAUUGCAGUGUCCUACCGCAGGGACAUUUUUCUUUUAUUUUUAUGGCUUCCUGUUGUUUAAGAGUUGAGGGAGUGGCUGGCUCCUGGCAGACCCUUUUUGUCCUUUGCAGACCCCUCCUCUCCAGUUUGGUGCUUCCUCCAUCGUUCAGCUCAUCUGUUGUGUUCUUUUCUUUCUCUGGUGCUUUCCCUGCCUCCCUGUAGCAUUACCAAGUGUUGGGAGGAGCAGGAACAGCCUUCCCAAAGCCCUGUGCCCAUAACAAAGCUGAUUCUUGCAUUUCUAGUCUCGUGAACCCAGUAGCUCUUCCACUAUCCAUGCAGAAGGUAGGGAGGGUUAUAUUUACCAAGGAUGUUAUAUUCUAUUUCCUGCAACCAGAGUCUUGUCAGAACAUGUUUGUCAUGCUUUGAGUUCCCUUAGCUGGAGAUCCAAGGCUUCCUGCUUCAAAUCAAUGGUGCUGAAGUGGUUUGGGGCAAAAAAUUGCUGUUUCUUUGGGUGGUUGUUCUUGUGAAGAUGCAUCUCCUUGAAAAGUAGAGGCCAAGCACCAGCCUCUGUUAGGGGAUGGAAAGGUACCAACAAGACCAUGGUUGGUUUUAAAUUAUUCGUUUUUAAAUAAACUUUUUUUUUGCUUAAA